CCCGGUUCCUCCUUUUUGCCCUUUUUGAACAUAGGGACAACAUUAGCUCUCCUCCAGUCAUCCAGCACUGCGACGAUGUCUCAAAGAAUAGACAACGGUUCUGAGAGUUCUUCAGCCAGUUCCUUCAGUAGUACGCUAGGAUGCAGUUUAUCGGGCCCUGCCAAUUUGAACUCAUUCAAAGUGAUAAGCCAUGAAGCUCACUGGGUGACCUUGGGCCAGUCACUGCCUCUCAGCCUCAGAGGAAGGCAAUGGGAAACCCCCUCUGAAUACCGCUUACCAUGAAAACUCUAUAGGAUCGCCAUAAGUCGGGAUCAACUUGAAGGCAGUACACAUUCCAAUGCUGACCCUUCCUGACCCUUUGGAGACACUGAGGUUGCUGUACCAGGGUCUUACUCCCUUUAUCUUAUCUGGUCGACCCAGCUGUGCCAGCAUACUGAACAUUCCAAGAAGGGCCCCCAAAGAAACAGCAUCAAGCAGAGAAAGAGAGAUUUAUGCCCUUCUCUGUGCCCUGCACCUAGCAGAAGCUCUGCGCCAGGUGGGAUGCAGUGGCAUCUUGAAAGCUCCUGUCCUCCAAUCCGUGGCUCCUGUCCUGCUUCUCGAAUCAUGGAAGGGGAGCAGAGGGCCCUCGGGCCAGUGCCCCACCGUUAGAACCAGCCCUGCCAUUAACAUCAAGAGACUUGCUUCUCUGAGUAGAGACAUAUACCACAGGAUUUUUACUACGUGGUGAAAUGUGCAGAAAAUAACUUGUAAGGAGUACCUGAUCUCAAAUGGAGACUACAAGAUCAAAGAUGGAUCAGCAAGACUUUGCUGCCCUUGAAGCAGGAAAAGGCCCUGAUGCCAUCAAGACUGGGACCUGUGGGGAGAAAUUCUGUGGGGAAAACAGCCUCCUCUCAGAUGUCCAGUCCCAGCAGUUCAGGCAUUUCCGCUACGAGGAAGGCAUGGGGCCCCGAGAGGCUUGCAGUCAACUCCAUCUUCUUUGCCAUCGGUGGCUGAAGCCGGAGCGACACACAAAGAACCGGAUGCUGGACCUGGUGAUCCUGGAGCAGUUCCUGAGGAUCCUUCCACCAAAGAUGGCGAGCUGGGUGAGGGAAUGUGGAGCGGAGACCACUUCCCAGGCGGUGGCCCUGGCCGAAGGAUUCCUCCUGAGGCAGGCAGAGGAGAAGGAGCAGGAAGAGCGGCAGGAAAAGGGUCUGUUUGGAGGAAAAGGAACUGAUUUCUCCAAGGCAGAGAGGACUUCAUCGGACACCAGACAGAGGCCGCUGGGUGAUGGAAUGAUCUCAUCAAGAUCUACUAAACCUUCUCUUUGUGGUAGAUGGGAAGCUGCGGCUGUCGUAUGGAAUCAGGGUCCAGUGGAUUUUGAGGAUGUGGCUGUGUAUUUCACAGAAGAGGAGUGGGCCCUGCUGGCUCCUGACCAGAGAGCUCUGCACAAGGAAGUCAUGGAGGAGAAUUGUGGGACUCUGGCCUGUCUUGAUGGUGACAAAUGGGAAGUCAAGAGUAAGAGAGAACUGGGCGGGAAAGAGAUAUCUGAAAAAGACAGAUCUAAGAAGAAGGAAGAGCAGGGAAGGAAAACUGAAGCUGAAGAGAAGAGAAGGGAUGAAUCCUCUCCUUCUCAGGGCAGUGACUGCCAUGAGAUUUCAGUCCGAGAAAAAACAGAUGCAAGAAACAAAGGAAGUAAUACUUUUGGUUAUAGGAAAAGUCUCAAUUUUAACAAAAGUGGCAAAGCCCAUACCAAAAAGAAACUCUAUGAAUGCUUGGAAUGUGGAAAGAACUUUCCUUCCCGUUACAAAUGUACUAUCCAUGCUAGAAUUCAUACUGGGGGGAAACUGUAUCAAUGUUUAGAUUGUGGAAAGAGCUUCAUUGAUAAGAGAAAUCUUACAUUCCAUGAAAGAAUUCACACUGGAGAGAAACCAUAUAAAUGCUUGGAGUGUGGAAAGAGCUUCAUUCGGAAGACAUCUCUCACUAAUCAUCUAAUAUCCCAUACUGGGGAGAAACCAUAUAAAUGCUUGGAGUGUGGAAAGAGCUUCGUUCGGAAGACAUCUCUCACUAAUCAUCAAAUAUCCCAUACUGGAGAAAAACUAUAUAAAUGCAUGGAAUGUGGAAAGAGCUUCAGUCAAAAGACAUAUCUCACUAAUCAUCAAAUAACUCAUACUGGGGAGACCCCAUAUAAAUGCAUGGAAUGUGGAAAGGGCUUUCCUUCCAAUUCUAAACUUAAUUUCCAUAAAAAUAUUCACACUGGGGAGAAACCAUAUAAAUGCUUGGAAUGUGGAAAGAGCUUCAUUAAUAAGACAAAUCUUACAUUCCAUGAAAGAAUUCACACUGGGGAGAAACCAUAUAAAUGCUUGGAAUGUGGAAAGAGCUUCAUUCGGAAGACAUCUCUCACUAAUCAUCUAAUAUCCCAUACCGGGGAAAAACCAUAUAAAUGCUUGGAAUGUGAAAAAUGCUUCAGUCACAAGACAUCUCUCACUAAUCAUCAAAGAAUUCAUACUGGGGAGACCCCAUAUAAAUGCAUGGAAUGCGGAAAGGGCUUUCCUUCCAAUUCUGCACUUCAUUUCCAUAAAAACGUUCACACUGGAGAGAAACCAUAUAAAUGCUUAGAGUGUGAAAAGAGCUUCAAUCACAAGACAUCUCUCACUAAUCAUCAAAGAAUUCAUACAGGGGAGAAACCAUAUAAAUGCUUGGAGUGUGGAAAGAGCUUCAGUCAAAAGACAUCUCUCACUGAUCAUCAAAGACUUCAUACAGGGGAGAAACCAUAUAAAUGCCUGGAGUGUGGAAACAGCUUCUGUCGGAAGAUACAUCUCACUAAUCAUCAAAGGCUUCAUACAGGGGAGAAACCAUAUAUAUGCUUGGAAUGUGGAAAGAGCUUCAGAACCAGUUCUCACCUUUCUUCCCACAAAAGAAUUCACAUUGGGGAGAAACCAUAUAAAUGUUGGGAAUGUGGAAAGAAUUUUAGCUGCAAGAGAUAUCUCACUUCCCAUCAGGGAAUUCAUACAAGACAGAAAUUGUCAAAUAAUGGUUGAAUUGUUGAGAGAGCAAAACAGCAAUGUCAUCAUCCAAGAAUUCACAAAAGAGGGAAAACCAUGUUAAUGUGCUGAGUGUACAAAACUUAUCUCCCCGGUGAAAGAUGGGAGGGGACCGAAUAUACUUUAGUUAACUUGAUCAAUGGUUGUUCUGUUUCUUGACAUGAUACUGAUAUGAAUACCAGUUACUGGAAACCUCAGGAGGGGAGAGUGCUCUUGCACUCGGGUCCUGCUUGCGGGCUCCCCAGGGGUUCUGGUUAGCCUGAUCCAAGAGUUUCUUCUUAUGUUCUUACUUGUGUUGCUAGUGUAUAUCGAAUGUAAUUCAUUUGUAUCUUGUGAGUUUUUAAAUAUUGUUUUGAUUCA